AGCAACAUUCGACGGGUUUAUGGUCUGGGUUCAGCGCUCUUGACCUUCACAAAACCCGAACAUCGCGAGCUGGGAAUAAUACAGCUUUGCCGAGCUUUAGAACUUGCGCCUCGGCUCUUCCUCCGUUGCUCCUCCGCGUCUGUGUGAAUAUUCGCUCGCCUUCGGCUAGGCGCGUCGGCGCUCGUUUGUAGUCCCCGCGCUGCCUGUGCUCUCAUCGCUGCGCUCGUUUUUCUCGAUCUCUAAGCCAGCACAGCAUGGAGCAACCAGAGAGGAAAGCCGAGGCCGUCCCUAUGGACACGUCAGCUCCCGGAAAUCCCGCGACCCAGCCUGCGCCAUCCCCAAACCCUCCGUCCGGAUCAAUGGCUGCCGCUGCAGCUGCUCCCGCAAAACCCGCCGCAGAACCCGCAGCUACGGCCGGCGCCGCUGCUCCCGCGGCGGUGCAAGUAGUUCCACCUAAGGGCUACGUGCCAUACGUUCUUAAAUACACCCUUAACGGCCAUAAGAAGGCGAUUUCCAGCGUUAAGUUUUCGCCCGACGGAAAAUGGUUAGCCAGCUCGUCGGCCGACAAAACCGUCAGGAUCUGGCACGCAGCUGACGGCCGGCCGUCAGAUCCGCCGCUCGUAGCACACACGGAGGGAAUAAGCGACAUCGCAUGGUCGUCCGAUUCGCGUUACAUCUGCUCCGCGUCCGACGAUCACACGCUUCGUAUAUGGGACGUUACAGGAGGGCAGGCGGCUUCUAGCGGGGAUGCUAAUAGCGGGGCCGCGCCGACCACGCGCCCUUGCGUGCAGGUCCUCAAGGGCCAUACUAACUACGUAUUCUGCUGUAACUUCAACCCGCAGUCUAAUCUCAUAGUGUCCGGCGCGUUCGACGAGACGGUCCGGCUGUGGGACGUGAAAACGGGCAAGUGCGUGAAAGUUUUGCCUGCCCACUCGGACCCCGUAACGGCGGUUCAUUUCAACCGCGACGGGUCGCUCGUCGUGUCGAGCUCGUACGACGGGUUGUGCCGUAUUUGGGACACGCAGACGGGCCACUGCCUGAAAACCCUAAUCGACGACGACAACCCCCCCGUGUCGUUCGUCAAGUUUUCGCCCAACGGCAAGUUCAUCCUCGCCGGCACGCUCGACAACACCCUGCGCCUGUGGAACUACGCCACUGGCAAGUGCCUGAAGACCUACACGGGGCACGUGAACAAGAAGUACUGCAUAUUCUCCACCUUCUCCGUCACCAACGGGAAGUACAUAGUGAGCGGGUCGGAGGACUGCAGCGUGUAUCUGUGGGACCUACAAGCGCGUACCGUGGUGCAAAAGCUCUCAGGCCACUCGGACAUUGUGCUCACUGUGGCGUGCCAUCCCAGUGAGAAUAUGAUCGCUUCUGGAGGGUUGGAUCAAGAUCGGACGGUCAGGAUCUGGGUGCAGGAGGGCGCUGCUGGUGGUGCUGCAGGGGGAGGGAAGGGGUGAUGGGUGGAGAGGGGCGGAAAUGGGUGGAGAGGGAAGGGGUUGGUUAAGGGGUUGGCUGUGUUUUGAAAUGUGCAAGUGCAGUUAAGAACCUAAAGAUUGUGAUAUCUCUAAAACGGUUUUUGUUACCACUUACAAUGGGCUUGGUUGGCAGCGCUGGCUAGGGCAGUGGUGGGCCAGGAAGUGGUGGUCUGGGCUGCUGGGCUGCAGCGCCUGCUGCUGGGUCCAGGCCGUAGUGGCGUGCGGACAAUGAGUUUAUGGGUUUGUUUGACUAUGCUAAUUUGACUAAUGGAAAAGUUAACAUAGGGAAGCCUUGCUGUAGAUUAGGACACCAUGUGACUGAUCGAAAUACUUGUGUAUUGUCCUUGAUCCAUUGUCGUCGUUGGAAAUAUCUCAAGGACUUGAGCGUUUCUGAAGUGUAACAUCACACUCGAGGAAGAUCGUAACGAGUACGCGAGUCAACGGAGGUUACACGAGGGAAUGGACAAAGAACACGAAAGGACUCGAAGGGUCGC